AUGCGGGUCUCCUUUUCCCAGGGGUACGUGGGGAACCUGUCGAGAGAUGUGACAGAAGCUCUAAUCCUCCAGCUGUUCAGCCAGAUCGGACCAUGCAAAAACUGCAAAAUGAUAAUGGAUACAGCUGGAAACGAUCCCUACUGUUUUGUGGAGUUCUACGAGCACCGGCACGCGGCUGCAGCACUGGCUGCUAUGAACGGCCGGAAGAUAAUGGGUAAGGAGGUCAAAGUGAACUGGGCGACGACCCCCAGCAGCCAGAAGAAAGACACCAGCAACCAUUUCCAUGUCUUUGUCGGAGACCUCAGUCCAGAAAUUACAACUGAAGAUAUAAAAGCAGCUUUUGCGCCGUUUGGAAGAAUAUCAGACGCGCGUGUGGUUAAGGACAUGGCGACGGGCAAAUCCAAAGGAUAUGGCUUUGUUUCCUUCUUCAAUAAGUGGGAUGCAGAGAAUGCGAUUCAGCAGAUGGGCGGUCAGUGGCUCGGCGGAAGGCAAAUCAGAACGAACUGGGCGACGAGAAAACCUCCGGCUCCAAAGAGUACAUACGAAUCCAACGCCAAACAACUGUCUUACGACGACGUGGUCAACCAGUCCAGCCCCAGCAACUGCACCGUGUACUGCGGAGGCGUCACCUCAGGACUGACAGAACAGCUCAUGCGCCAGACCUUCUCUCCCUUCGGGCAGAUAAUGGAAAUUCGAGUCUUCCCAGAUAAAGGCUACUCCUUUGUACGGUUUAAUUCUCACGAAAGCGCCGCUCACGCCAUCGUUUCCGUCAAUGGAACGACUAUAGAAGGACAUGUGGUGAAGUGCUACUGGGGAAAGGAGACGCCGGACAUGAUCAGCCCGGUCCAGCAGAACCAGAUCGGCUAUCCGCCGGCGUACGGGCAGUGGGGCCAGUGGUACGGCAACGCCCAGAUCGGCCAGUACGUGCCCAACGGCUGGCAGGUCCCCGCCUACGGCAUGUACGGGCAAGCGUGGAAUCAGCAGGGAUUUAAUCAGACGCAGUCGUCGGCAGCGUGGAUGGGCGCCGGCUACGGGGUGCAUUGGGCGGUGAGCUCCUGCCUCCCCUUACUGGCAGUUUAUCCCGUGUAA